AUGCCCUUCCCGCCCGCGCCCACUCCGGGGGUCCCCGUCGCGCGCCCGCCGCCCCGCAGGCCCUGCGCGCCGCCAGCCGCCAGCUCCGGGGAGAAGAAGAGGCGGCCCCCCGAGAAGCCCGAGGGGCCACUCUCCAGCUCCUGGCCCUCGGCCACCCUGAAAAGGCCGCCGGGCCCCGCGCGCGCCCCGCCCCAGGCCUCACCCGGCCGUGCGGGGACCUCGGCCACUUGCAGCGCACCCCGGCCCGCCGGCUCCGGCCAUAGCCAGGCGGGAAUCUCGGCAGGGAGCGGGCCCGACGGCGCCACGCGCUUCUCCCUGAGCCUCACCCCCGAGGCCAUCCUGGUCAUUCAGAGGCGCCACCUGGAGAAGCAGCUGCUGGGCAGGCCCCGCAGGCCCCUCCCCGCGCCCUCUGUCGACCCCAGGCGCGCGCCCCCCCGCCGUCCGGCCACCCGCGGCGCGCAGGCCCCCGACACUCGCCCGGCGCUGCAGGUGUCGCUGCUCAACGAGCGGCACAAGUAUGACGACGUGGAGUACGAGGAGGAGGUCGAGGUGCGCGACGAGGGCCUGGUGCGCAAAUGCACCGAGUGGCUUCGCGGCGUGGAGUCGGCAGCCGCUGCGCGUGACCGCGCCGGAGCCUUAGGCUCGCUGCCGCAUCUGAGCACACUGUGA